GUGCGUUGUAGACUUGAAUGUCUUAAUCACUGGUACAACGAAUUUAUUCGACUCAACAUUUGUUUGGGUCAGGUCUGUUGUUUUCUACUUAGUCGAACAGCAACCUUCACUAGUAACCUGGUCUUCACAAACAGCUCCUUGCCAAAUGGCCCGAUAGCAAUGCGCUUUCAGUCUCCGGUCUCUGAUUUCGUGCUUUCAAUGUCCGGCUGUAGAUCAGCAUUGUCUGUUGGCUGUUCAUUACAUGCAGCUGGUGCUCCUUGCUAUGGACAAAAAGUUAUGCAGGAUUCAUCUAGCCUAUUUAGCUGUCCUCUCCUUUCGACGGCCUGGAAGGAUCGAGAAGCUGUAUACCAUGCCUUUCUUCAGGGUUCCUGGCUUUUUCCCACCUUGCUGCGACAAUAUUCCUUCUUUACCUCAAAUUCUGUCUCUAACUCGACUUCCUCUCGUUGUUCAUCCACCUCGACGAUCUGGCCUCCUGUCCACUCCAUUUAUACUGAACUCCCGGACAACCAAGGGUCUGAUCUUUCUUCCUGCCUUCUAAUACGUUUAUUGCUUGUCAAUCCGGACUGCCAGCUUACCGCCAGGCCUGCAGUCCAACUUACCUCAGGCUACAAAGAUCCAGCAUCGCACUUUCCAAAUCUUUACCCUCGUGCACUGCUUUCUUACCUGAGUGCACUGAAUCCUUCAUUAUCACGCAUUCUUUUAAACCCAAAAAAGGUUCCCCAAAACAUGCAAAGCUCUUCACUGAGUAGGCUUCUCUCGUUGGUGGCUGGUGUCGCAGAGCCAGUACCGCCUGGAGCAUCUCGAGGAUCAGGCAGCUUUGGGGAAGCGAUGAUUCGGCUUAGUCGUGUCGUCAACCGCUGUCUCGAUCCGACGGUGGUGAAUGCAGUUAACUCCUUGGCCCCGGCCAACCUGAGGGGGCCCCUAACUACAAGACAAGACUCCGAGGGAAAUUCUGGCAAACAUAGGUAUGACUUAUUACCGGGACUUAAUUUCUAUCACUUGUCCAAGCUAUAUAGAAACUUUUUGCUAAAUAUCACUCGGGCUUCAAAUUUUAUUUUUUUAUCUAUUCCCUAA